UUUUUUGUUUGAACUGUAUUUAUUGAACCUUUUUUUAAAAAAAAAACACUAUUACAUAACAUUUACUUACAAUAUUAAUAAAAAAGACACUGCUUUUUUUUUAUGUACAGGCAACAACAUUGUCAAAACGAUCUCCGUUCACAAUCCACGAAAACGAUUAAAAGCACUGUAUUAUGCUGCCAGUCCAGUAGUUUGCAAUGUCAAUUUGUAAAGAAACACAAUGUGCCUAUAGACAGAACACAUAAUAUGCAUGCGCACAGUGUUACCGUUUUUACAAAUUUGCUGUUUUGUAGUUUAUGAUAACGGUAACAUUUUCAAAAAUGUACACUUUUGUUUUCAGGCCCCCAAAACGGCAUUGUACUAUAAAUAAACAGCCAAAACAUAAAUAGUUUUCAGUUUUUAGUUGAAAAAGGUGUUGUAUAAAUGCCCCCUUAGAUUGCAGCUUUUAUCAGUAGUCCCUCACUGCAGAACACGAGAUCCAGGGGUGGAGACGGGCAGGUUUAGGGAUAUGUAAAGUGAGAGGAGUUGGAUCUGGAUCCAGCCUCGCCCCCUGGAUCUCGUGUUCUGCAGUGAAGACCAUCUUGCUUUUAUGGUGAUACUGAACAGUUGCUGAUUCAGGCUGUCAAGAGCAGCCAGUUGGCAAUAAUGGGCAAUAAUUAUAUUGUAUUAGAUCAAGCAAGAUCACACAAGGGCUUUUUUUAUGUUUGGGUUGAAAAAUUUCCCGGUUAAAUUUAACAGUGUAACACAAAUAACACUUAAAUUAAUUAAAAAGAAGUUCAAUAUGGUUGGGAAAUAAUGUGCGCACUUGAAUCGUCCACUAAAUUAUAAUUUCCUCUGGUAAAACUUAACAUCAGUAAUACAUUAAAUAAACAAUAAAAAACAUUAAUACAGUAAAUGAGUUAAAAUGCUUGUGGAGAAAACUCAGUUAUUCAAUAUCAAUUUUGUCAUUUUGAUUUACUAUAUUUUAUUCCUUUUUAAAAAUUAAUUGAUGCCUUGUAAAAAACUUAAAAGAGGGCACACAGCUUUCAAUGAAUAGGAAUCUAUUUAUCUAUUUGGUAUCAGAUAAAGAUGGGCUGGUUGCAUAAACUGCUAAAAUACUAGUCUUGCAAGUUUUUUUCUUCUUUAAGACUGUUCAUAACUUUUUUAAGUCAGUUACAUAAAAACGUAGAUUGGUGUAAUUUGAUACUGAAAAGUAAAAAGAAAUACCCCAAACUAACUUCUAGUUGGUCAUACUAGUUCUUAAGACACAUUAAACAUAAUGGCUAUGUUUAUGCAACUGGCCCAUGCUCUCUGGUUACAAUUUUGUGUUUACCUAAUUGUUACAAUCACUGUUGAUAAAAGAAUAGCAUAUAUAUGCUAAAAUAAUUUUUUUAAUAGAAGUGUAAACUCUUGAAAUAUGGUCAUUUUUGCUUUCAUGAAUCUUGGUUCUUCCUUAAAAGAAAAAAUAUGGUAGGAUUGUUUUUAGGAAACAUAUUUCUCAUUUUCAAGCAGCCAUGUUUUGCAAUGCUGUUAUCUCUUAAUGUACAUUCUUCACUCAUGUUGUUUCUGAUUAGAUCUAUCACAACUAGAUUAUCACCCUUGAUUUUGAAAAGAGAACCAAUCAGAUGAACUUAGCAUUUACUACUCUGUCAAUUAUUGAUCUGCGGUUACUCUCUAUCAGGUCCAUCAUGCUAUCUUUGCACUUUUCAUCUUUUUAUGCAUCUUUUACAACAUUGUUGGGCUGAUAUCAGAUCAAGACUCCUCUGUCAGUUGUUCUGUGCUUCAUAGCUCAAGCAUGGGGCAAGGGGCCACGAUACACACUUUUCUAUUUCUUUUGCAUAUCUUAUAUCUCUUUGGCUGUCAAGGUGGAUGUGAGGCAACACAACGAGUGAUCGAAUAUAAUGUAGAUGGCGGAAAAGAGGAUCUGUUUGAUGUUAAUGAAGAUGCGGGUCUUGAUCUUUUCGAGGGAGAUAUUUUAUAUGAUGAGAAACUGGGGAGAAAUUCUAUAAUUGGGGAUGAAUACAGAUGGCCAAAAACAAUACCUUAUUACCUUGAGGAUGAUUUAGAUAUCAAUGCAAAAGGGGUAAUCCUGAAGGCCUUUGAACAGUAUAGGUUGAAAUCAUGCAUCGACUACAAACCUUGGAAUGGAGAAGAAAACUAUAUCUCUGUAUUUAAAGGCAACGGCUGCUUUUCGUCAGUUGGGAACCGGCGAGUUGGCAAACAGAGGCUGUCCAUUGGCAGCGGAUGUGAUCGCAUCGCAACCAUUGAGCAUGAGUUUCUCCAUGCAUUAGGCUUCUGGCAUGAACAGUCCCGCUCUGACCGUGAUGACUAUGUCUCCAUCAUCUGGGACCGCAUUUCAGAAGGCAAGGAGCAUAACUUCAACAUAUACAACGACACUACAUCCAGUGCCCUGAACGUACCUUAUGACUAUGGUUCCAUGAUGCAUUACAGCAAGAAAGCUUUCCAGAAUGGCACUGAGCCCACCAUAGUCACCAAGAUCCCUGCCUUCAGUGACAUCAUAGGCCAGCGUAUGGAGUUCAGCGACAGCGACUUGCUAAAACUCAACAGACUCUACAACUGCACCAGCUCCUCCACAUUUCUGGACUCCUGUAAUUUUGAAUCGGAAAAUAUCUGUGGAAUGAUCCAAAGCAAUGAAAAUGCUAACACUGCAAGCUGGCAGCGUGUUUCCAAAGCUGCAGGUGGACCAGAAUCUGACUACACCAACAUGGAACGCUGUGAUGGAAAGGGAUAUUUCAUGCACUUUAGCACAGCGGUUGGGAGGGAGGGGGACAAGGCACUGCUGGAGAGCAGGAUUCUUUACCCCAAGCGAGGAUUCCAGUGCCUGCAGUUCUUCCUCUACAACAACGGUCAUGCUAGUGACCAGCUCAGGAUCUGGACGCGAGAGUUCGACACGGCAAACCCGAACGGGACCCUGCAUCUCAUUGAGCAGAUUGAAGCUCCUCCCGGUGACCUGUGGCAAAUCCAGCAUGUGAGCCUAAAUGUCUCCAAAAAGUUCCGUGUGGUGUUUGAGGGAAUUAAAGGGAGUGGAAACACAGGAGGACUCUCACUAGAUGACAUCAACCUAUCAGAGACCACUUGCCCUGAUCAUGUAUGGAUGAUCAAGGACUUCAAAAGCAUUCUCGAGAACACGUCAAUGGACACUGCCAUUUACAGCCCACGUUUCAGAUCUAAGUACGGCUACACCUUCCAAAUGGGCCUGUAUCCCAAUGGCACAGCUGGAUACCCAGGCGAGCUGGGAGCUUAUGCACACUUAACAUCAGGGGAGGAUGCCAUGGAUAACAGCCUGGUCUGGCCUGCUCGCUGGAAGCAGAUGACCAUGAUGCUGAUGGACCAGAAUGCAGACAUCCGCAAACGCAUGUCCAACCAGAGGAGCGUAACAACAGACCCCACAAUGAAUGUGGAAGGGACAGAACUUUUCUUCUGGGAUGAUCCACGUAAAGUUGGGGUAAAAGUAACAGAAGACAGUGGGACAGAGUUUUUCCGUGGUCCAGGUGCUGGGACCCCUGUUUACCUCACCCAGGCCAGGGCACUGAGCCGAGACUUCAUCAAGGGUGGAGAUGCCAUCUUCCUCCUUACAAUGGAAGAUAUCUCUCAUCUGGUUGCUUCACAGCCCUUCCCUUCCACAACCAUGACUCCAACAAGCUCAACUCCUUCUGGAACACCCGGUCCAACAAACCCAGACAACAGCACAUCAACCAGCACAACUACUACGACCUUUCCAACAUCUGCCACCACCACUAAACCUCAUGACCCGUGUGUGUCAGUACGAUGUGAAAAUGAUGGCUUGUGCACGCUGAAUGAUGCAGGAGAGGCCGUGUGCAGGUGCAUGGUGGGAAAUGACUGGUGGCACUAUGGCGACAGAUGCCAGUUUAAGAGCUCUGCCCAAAGCAACACCAUCACUGCUGUAGUGGCGUCUGUCGUGGUGUUUGUUGUCAUGCUAAUCGUGAUGGUAGUCAGCGUGGUCUGUGUGAAGAAGCACCAGAGAAAAGUGCAGUUUGCUGGAGAGGGAAUCACCAUGAAAAAUAUGUACUCAUCCAAAGCAUGAGGAUAUGAUGUGUUCUCUAAAAGGCCUGUUCACAUCAAGAAUGAAAACUAUACAGAUAACUAUGAUGAUAACUACAUUAGCGUCAACACCAGUGGACAGUAUAGUUCUGUUUAUUCUAAGCGCAUACUGCAGUUUUGUCAUCUUCCACUUUAAAUGCUCAAGCUCUUUAAAGCAGGGUGGAUUCUGAUUGGCUGUCAAUGUUUUUAUUGUUCAGCAGGAAAAAAUCUGGAAGUGAUUCCAAAGAUAUAGUUUCUCCGUGCCGUUAUCAUUGUGCUGUGGACUCUGCUAUUCUUUUAUAUUUAGUGUUAUUUUUAGAACUAUAUCAUUAUAGUUAUCGUCCUGGGUGUGAACAGGCCUUAAUGUGUGACGUAUACAAUAAUGCUAUGAAAAUGACUCAUGAAAAUGCUUUUGCAAUUGAUUCUUUAAUGUACAGUAAUUAAUAGGACAAACAGUAGUUUGUUCAGUGGCCCCAAUAAAGCAUUUGUUCCCUGUCUAAAUUCAUGAACACACUUACAAUAAAAUGU